CCCAGUAUGGAUGGCUUGGUUGAGCAGAACAGCGUGCUGAUGCACAGCAAGAUCACUGAGGCUGGGAAAAGGAAUGGUUUAAUUAACACAAGGAACUUAGUAGCAGAGAGCCGAGAUGGUCUGGUCUCCGUGUACCCCACCCCUCAGUACCAGAGCCACAGAGCGGGCAGCCUGUCCUCUCCCAGAUGCCCGAAGAACGGCAGGAGUGACCCUGUGCAGCAGCUCCUGGACCCCAGCAUGCUGCAGCAGACAGUGGAGUCUCACUACAGGCCCAACAUCAUUCUCUACUCUGAGAACAUGCUGCGUUCGUGGGGUGAGAGCCUGGGCUCAGAGUGCUGUGAGACGACCUUCAUUGAGGAGCACUCUCCCACCAAAGACAGCCUGGAGUACCCUGACAGCAAAUUCAUCGACCUCUCCACAGAUGACAUCAAGAUCCACACCCUCUCCUAUGAGGUGGAGGAAGAGGAGGAUUUCCAGGAACUAGAGAGCGAUUACUCGAGUGACACCGAGAGUGAAGACAACUUCCUGAUGAUGCCACCAAGGGAUCAUCUUGGCCUCACUGUGUUCUCUAUGCUCUGCUGCUUCUGGCCACUGGGAAUUGCUGCCUUUUACCUGUCCCAUGAGACAAACAAAGCAGUAGCCAAGGGGGAUUUCCACCACGCAAGCUCCAGUUCCCGGCGAGCUCUCUUCCUGGCUGUCCUGUCCAUCACAAUCGGAACUGGCAUCUACGUCGGGGUAGCUGUGGCUCUUAUUGCCUACCUGUCAAAAAACAACCAUCUAUGAGCCUCAGGAAAGGGGGAAGAACCACCCAACCCAGCUCCUGCACUGCAGAAGUCCCCAGCCCAUCAGACUAUGUGGUUUUCCAAAAAGAGACAAACAAUUUCUGGGGGCAUGUACAGGACGAGAUGGGCUUGUACAUUGUUCUAGGGUGGGAAGCUGGAGGGUCUGGGGGAAGUUCCACCAAUUGUGAUGUACAAGUCUUGGUCAUCUUCAUCAACUCCUGUACAAAAAAGGGAAAGAAAGAGCAAAAGAGAGACAAAGAAUAAAAAAAUAAAUAAAAAAAAUAAAUAAAAGGAAGGAAGAUGGGGAGUGUGUGGAGAAGGGUGUUUUGCCUUUGCCUUCUUUUCAAUAUGGUGUUUACAAGCAUCUGGCAAACCGAGCUGCUCUCUUAAUACCU